UCUCAGAAGAUUCAUCUUGAACGAUGAAGAAGCCUACGAACAAGCAGGCUAAGGCUUUAACAUUGGUCUUUUGGGACAUCAUUAACUCUCCGGUCCCAGAUGGUUGUGACCCUCGUGUGGUCCGUCCGAGUAUUAAACGGCUUUUGGAGAAGGAAGGCUACUGUGGUCCUCUCACCGUCACUGCUGUUGGCAAACUAGCGGACGUCCCUCCUGACACCCUGAGAGCACUCUAUUCCAGUGGAAUCCAUCUUAUCAUCUCCCCCUUCGGCGGUUUCUAUGACAUUGACGGUUUAAUUAAGAUGGAUACACCAUCUAAUAUUAUGGUCAUAUCCAAUGAGACAGCCAGCCCUGGUUUAUUUAAGUUUCUAAAAUCGACUGGCUACAACCCUCUCAAGCCGUUUCCAUAUGGUUCCCUUGACACCUUAAUUAUGCAAGAUUCACUGGUACUUGAGGACGAAACAGAGGAUUCUGCCUUGUGGCAUUGCUUUGUAUGCUGCCUUGAUCCUCCUGCCCACGGCUUUGAAAAUUUCAUCACACAUCUAUCAACGGGAGAUCAUAAAGUGAUGCUGAGUGUACCUAGGAAUACUGUGCCUCGUCCGCCAGUUGAUCUCUCCAGGUUGCAUGUGACUGCUUAUCUGAUGGAGAGCGAUAUGAUGAGUCGCGAUCAGCCGUGGACGGACGAGCGGCCUCCACUUCCUACAGAUUUAUCAACAAGACUCGCUAAAUUGAAAGACUUGGAGGCUGUAAAGUACGAGGGUGAGUCGUUUGUCUAUUGGGACAUCAAGUUGUGUCCGCUUCCCCCCUACUGUGAUGCUAGUCUGGUCGGUCCGCGCAUCAAACUCUUCCUGAAGAAUGAAGGCUUCUCUGGUCCUCUCACCAUCAUUGCCAUUGGCGUACUAACCGACGUCCCUAUUGACAUCCUGCAAAAAGUCUAUUCCAGUGGCAUCGCACUUCGUAUCGUCCCCAACUGUCCUUCAGCCAUCCGGAGCCUCAUUGGUAAUUGGGUUUUUAGAAAUGGACCUCGACGUAAUAUAAUGGUCAUAUCCAAGGACGAAUUCUUCACUAAUCAUUGUGGCGUGCUACAUUCGUCACAAUAUUGCAACUUUAAGCUGUUUGAUUCUCUUCCUAUGGCAGACUCUGGAGAGUGCAGAAAAAAGUGUGUAUCUCCCUUCUGGUUUUGCUCAGUAUGCAACUUCCGUAAUUUUCCUUGCCAAGACAUUGAUAGUUUCACAAACCACCUCUUUGGUAAAUACCAUCAACGAAAGUUGUUUGACCUGUUGAGAAGUGGAGAUGGCUUGGAUGCACCAGUACGUGAGCCUCUUGAGGAAAACCUAAAGGCUGUAACAGCGGUCUACUGGGAUAUCAAGACGCGCCCGGUUCCACCUGGCUGUGAUCCUCAUCGUGUCGGUCCGUGUAUUAAACGGUUUUUGGAGAAUAAAGGCUACUCUGGUCCUCUCACCAUCACUGCCAUGGGCGCACUAGAAGACGUCCCUAAUGACAUCCUGAGAGGAAUCUAUUCCAGUGGAAUCUCUCUUAAUUGUAUCCCCUACGGGUUUUCAAUCUCUCUGGAACGUCAUAUUGAUGAGUUCAUGGAUUGGAAUCCACCUCCAGGUAAUAUAAUGGUGAUAUCCGCUUCUAAUGGUGUUCGCCGGCUACUACAGUCGAAGGGAUACAACAUUGUUGAGCCGGUUCCAUGUGAGAGCUUUUUUCUGGCAGAUUCAGAGGCACUUGAGGAUGAUAAGUGCGGUGAAACGAUUGAAUACUUGCACUUGUAUUGCUGGGUAUGCUGCCGUUAUGUUGACAACUUAAAAAAUUUCACCACUCAUCUUGCUAGUAACCGACAUCAACGCAAGUUAUUGCACUGGUCCCGGUCAUGCCCACUCCUUCCCAUUUUGACAAAGGAGACUGAUAGCGUCAAGGAAAUUGCCGCCGAAGCCAAAACAGCGCUAGAUGAGAAAAUUGCCGCCGAAGCGCUAGAGGUGAUGGCUUCGAGUGUCGGAGAUGAAGAAGAAUGUUGGAGAAGCUUUAAGCGAGAAGGGGGUUCCGUACCCUAAAACCGGUUAUUACAGACCGGUUGAACAACAAGCAAUAAAUUUAUGAAGAAACCGUAUUUUUAUUAAUUAAUGUUGUUUAAUGAGAAGAUUAGGAAAAUGGGUUAUGAUCUUUUGUGGUGAAUCCCAUCUUAUUCCGUUACCAUUUGUGUAAUAAUCGUUGAUCUUAUCAUUAAUCGUUGUCCCAUUAAUGAAGAUUUGCUAUGACUCAAAGUCAAUACUUUUAAUAAAUUUCAAUUGGUAUA